AGCUUGGCGCGCCUUUCAAAGAGCUGUCGGCCAUUUUAUCCAGAAAAUGUGUGAAUUUGGUUGUCUGAAUUCCUUUGUUUUACUCAUCAGUGGGACGACCUUGUUGUUAUGAGUCUCACAAAUUUCUAUUCUAUGACGAAAAGAACGCACACCAGUCGUCAGAAGACGCCCAAGUCCCGCAGAAAACGCUCGGCGAUCGAUGGUGACAGGUCUCCCCUGCACCUGCGGUCCCCAGGCAUGUUGGGUAGCCAGGUCAUGACCCUGUCUCAGAGUGAGUCGGAGCCUGAGGUGAGAUGGGACAACAACUCCCCCUCCCCACGCCGCAUCAUGCAGCUCACACGACUGAAACCAAAUGGACCAGGUGCAGACCUGUCUGACAUUGUGAAGAGGCUGGCAUGUGGGGAUGAUGAGAUCUCGCCCUCCCCACCUAUGCUGGGACUCUGGAUGGACAAAACUGGGCCUAACAGCUGUGUGCAGACGACCAUAGUCAGCCCUGUCAGGCCUCCGGUCAGGAGAACAAGGAGAAGACGUGUUGGAGGCCUGUCAGCUGAAGCAGAGGAGGAGCUGCGCAGGUUGGCAGCAGGGCUCAACAACCCAGUCAGGACCACAUGUGAAAAUGGAAAUGGUGAAGAACCACCAAAGGCCUCAGCCUCCUGCUGCACAGCCGACAGUGUUCCCAUGACCCAGAGGAUCUCCCAGGUUUCUUCAGAGGGAGGUGACAUCCCAGAGUCCUUCACUCUGUUUGACGAGCCCACCCAGCACACGGACAGCUCCAGCCAGAGAUCAGAGACCAGGCCAUCCCAGGUUUCAUCACAAGUCACAGAGAUGGACAACAAGGAGGUGGAGCACAGCGACGCAAACACAGAGGACAGUCUGCUCGCGCUCUGGGAGGACGAUGACCUUUUUGAAAAUGACUCGUUUGUGAGAAUCGCUACCCAGAUUCCCGCUGGUGUUGAGCCAGACUUCAAGAGCCCACCCAGGUCAAGCAAGAGGAAGAGCCUGGCAACAAGCACGCCUCUGCCUACUAAACACGCUAGAUAUGACACUACUGUAAGGGAAACAUCAAAAGCAGCGGUGGGACAACACAGGAGGCCUGCAGGAAAGUGUUCAGCGACAGAGGAAAGUUUGAGAAGCCAUCAAGGAGUACAACAUGGUUGUAUGACAGGAAUGACCCUUCUGAAGGAGAAGGGGAGGGAGGAGGAUUUCAGACUGAAGAAAGACUGUAGGACUAUUCCGGGUGUGACAGAGUCGUAUGAAUCUGUGGUGGGCCUGAGAGACAGGUGUGAAAGUACAGGGCACAGAGCAACGGGACCGUACAGCAGACCAAAACAAGCACAGGACAACAGCAAAACAGCCAUGGUUACAAGGUCUAAUACACACAGGUUUAGAAAUGGGACGACGGCACAAGUACAGGUUCAAAACAACAACAAGCCUUGCACUGACUCGUCUGGCAAGUAUAACUUCAAGCCGUCACACAGGCCUGGGGGCAAAGGUGCAAAUGUUGACCAUAAAGUGCCAGGCAGGAUGAACAAUAGCAAUAACUGGAGUACCACAAGUGGUAAUUGUAACCCUGCAACCAGUGAGUUGAGAAAAAACAAUGUUGCACAGUCUGUAUCCAGGCAAGUUGUGAAUGUCCCCGCAACCACGCUUGUAGUACAAGAUGUGGUUUCAAAAGACGCAGAUCUGUGUGACACGAGCAUUCCUGACGAUGUCCUGCUGUCCCUGGCAGAACCUGAUGACUUCUUCGAUGAGUCGGGUACGUCCAGCACAUCCAGUAACUUCCCAACACAGCUGCUGCCGUCUCCCAAGACAGUGCCAGCGGCACCCCCGUCCAAGCAGUCAGACUUCCCGACUAGUAAGGGGAACGCACAGAACACCACUGCCAGCUGUACGUCCACCUAUGGAACCCAGAACAAGUACCGUUUUACCAAGCUGCGUCCGGGUGUCACAGCCCAGGCUACCUGUACCAGCACCACAGCCUCUACUACAGCCAGGAACAAUGACAUGACUAGGACUAGGAGUACCUUUGCAAGCUCCACUACCUCUGUGCCUGCUAGAAAUGUGCAUACAAGCUUCACUACCUCCGUGUCAACUAGAACUGUGCAUACAAGUUCCACUUCCUCUGUGCAAGCUAAAACUAUUCCUACAAGUAUGACCAAGAAAUGUGCGGGUGUGCCUGUAGCAACCACUGUGCCUUCAACGUCAUCAUCGGUGUCCAAUGGUACAACGUACCGAAGUAUGGGUAGGAAAGCUGUGAGUAUGUCUGUAGUAACCACACUGCCUUCAACCAGGGCAUCCAGCUCCACGGUGCAAUCUAAGCCAUACAGACAGACAGAGACUAGAGUUGGGUCUACUGUAGCAGGGUCCCUCCGAGGAGGCUCAGGGCUGCAGAGAGGCCGGAGUACCAGUGAGUGUGAGGUGACACUGCAGGACAGGGGAGGGCAGAAGGAGGACUUCCCUUCCGGUGAUGAUGAUGAUCUGCUGUUGCAAGCUGUGUUGUCACAGGAGGGAGUGCAGGGCAUGACCAAACCCCCUGUGACUGAGGACCCUCCCACCCAGUGUUCACCUGAAGAGAUCGAGCGAAAGAAGCAGCAGGCCCUGGAGCGACGGAAGAAGAAACUCCAGCAGGGAGGAACACAGGUCCAGCCUCCCAGGAGGAACCCAGCCUCCUCCAGGCUGCAGAGGAGCAGGAGCUGCAACGUGCUGACCAGCCGCGGAGGUGCCCUGAACACGGGCUAUAACGGGAGGAGACAGGAGCCCAGUGUCCAUCUUAUGUCACAGAGAAACACAAAGAGAUACGAUCAGUACACGAUCACGGCCGCCUGCGGAAUGGACAGUCCUGCUGACUUCACCACGGACAGUUCCGUGGACGUCGCCGCCGACGGCAGUAACGAGGACGGGAAGUACUUGACUAUGGACAGUCCUGCGGACUUCACCGCGGACCCAGGACUCUCUCACGACAGCGGCAAUGAGGACGGGAAAUACUUGACUAUGGACCGUCCUGCGGACUUCACCGCCCAACCAGGGCCCGCUGACGACAGCGGCAAUGAGGACGACGGGUAUGAGGCCUCUGUGCCAGCCGCGUCUCCCUGGGAACCGGAGAGGGACGACAAACUCGUACCGUCAGCGGAAGCAGACGAGGACUACGCCGUGUACCGGGCGUAUGGCGACCAGCGGGCCGAGGAAAACACGUACGAGACUCCCGCGCCGCCCACCGCCGCCCCGGAGACCGGGGGAGCGGCCGCCGAGAGAAGGGCGAGGCCUGUCCGCAUCCUGAGCUACCGUCUGGGCGGACUGGGCGGCAGGCGGCAGCGCAAGGACAGGGCCGACCUUCACGGGCUGCUCUGGAAGGCUGCCAUCGUCAUCUCCAUCGGAUGUAAUGUCUGCGUCAUCAGUCUCUUCCUGCAUGACAAGGCGAUCCUGCCAUCGACGCCAGUUGACAACACCCGUGUCCCUAUAUUGUCCGACGGAGUGUCAGACACGUAUGCAGACUAUGACGAGGAUUCAAAACAACGAAGUCUGUCCGACAGCACGAAGUUCGAAGGUAACAACAGUUCGGCAGGGAAGUUUUUACCCGUUGUUGUCCCGAUGAGGCAGGACAGACCUGUAACAGAGUCAACAAUGACUACCCUUCCUACUGGAGGCCAAGGCUCCAAGCCCCGGGACUGCCUGGACAUCCGUAUGACGAGUUCAGGAUGGCUCCCCAGCAGCGUGUACCUGGUGCACCCGCGGGACGGACUGGGACCCAUCAUGGUGUACUGUGACAUGGACACGGACGGGGGAGGGUGGACGGUUAUCCAGAGACGGUACGACGGCUCCGUCGACUUUUCCCGAAGCUGGGCCGAGUACAAGCGAGGAUUCCCGACGUACCUGAGCGGAGAGUUCUGGUUGGGUAACGACAACAUCCACCGGCUGACCGUGCAGGAUAGCUGUGAGCUUCGGGUGGACAUGGAGUCGUUUGAUGACGACACCCGUUACGCGGUGUACGAGCGGUUCUCUGUGGGGAGUGAGAGGGAACUCUACACGCUCAGCGUAGCUGGCUUCAGCGGCAACGUAACAGGUGACUCCCUCGGGAAGCAUGACGGGUCUCCGUUCGCCACCGUGGACCAGGACUCGGAGUGGGGGUGCGCGCAGGCGUACCGGGGCGGGUGGUGGUACUACCGCUGCCACUCCGCCAGUCUGAACGGGCAGUACCUGCGGGGAUACCACUCCUCCUGGGCGGACGGCAUCCACUGGGACCUGUGGACCGGCAUGAACCACUCCCUCCGCCGCACAGAGAUGAAGAUACGACCACACAGACGUUAA